AUGGCUGGUUCAAUCGCUGACAACGCUGCCAUCUACAAAAAGAAGCCGUUUACGUACGUUCCACCGUCAACUCCGGCUACCCUAAUAGAUUCUACAUCCUACACAUUGGACUUUACCACUCGAAAAUUUUUACUUGUUGGACUAGAUCCGACUGAUGAUUUCCAAACAGUCAUCCAUAUAUUGACUUCUUCACGUUACGUAAAGUUGUCAACAGAUUUUCUAAGACGCAUAUUCUCGCUUAUGGGUAACGUGCUAUCAUUUAUAUUAGAGAUACCUACAUCAUAUAAACGAAAUACAUUUCUCGAGACAGAUUUUUUCAAAUUAUCGAGUAUAGUGUAUGUAGGAGUAAAUGUUUUAGUAAUAGAAUCUAAAACUGAGGACGGGUGUAGAGUUCUUUUGAACCGUUCAGAUCUAAUUCAGCUUCAGAACUUGGAAUGGAGUAUUGCUGCGAGUAUACGGGAAAAAGAUAUUUUCAUCAAACCCAAAAUUAUAAAACAAAUGAACGAAUAUUCCGAGAAUUUGAUCGGGAAAAUUCUUCAAGUGGAUUCACCGCCUAAUAAUGUACGAGAAAUGCAAAUUUUCAUUAACAACCAAUAA